GCUUUGUCUCCCCACCACCUCGCGGGGCGCGUUCUCCCGCCCCCCGGCCCCCGCGCACGCGCGCCCCGCCCUGCCCGCCUUUCCUCCCGCGCCCUCCCCUCUCCUUUCUCCCUCUCAGAACCUUCCUGCCGCCGCGUUCGGACCUCGCUGCUCCAAUCUCCGGGGCUCGUCCCAUCCUUCCAGCCUGCGACCAGCAGCAGAGAAAAACUAAUUACAUAUCAUUUUCUUGCCCCGUACACACUUUGAGGCGAGCAAAAAGAUUAGAAUAAAUUUUAACAAUGAGGGAAAUCGUGCACAUCCAGGCCGGUCAGUGUGGCAAUCAGAUCGGUGCCAAGUUCUGGGAGGUGAUCAGUGAUGAACAUGGCAUCGACCCCACCGGCACCUAUCAUGGGGAUAGCGACCUGCAGCUGGACCGCAUCUCCGUGUACUACAAUGAAGCCACAGGUGGCAAAUAUGUUCCUCGUGCUAUCUUGGUGGAUCUAGAACCGGGUACCAUGGACUCUGUUCGCUCAGGUCCUUUUGGUCAGAUCUUCAGACCCGACAACUUUGUUUUUGGUCAGUCUGGGGCAGGCAACAACUGGGCCAAGGGCCACUAUACAGAGGGGGCCGAGCUGGUUGACUCGGUCCUGGAUGUGGUUCGGAAGGAGGCUGAGAGCUGUGACUGCCUGCAGGGCUUCCAGCUGACCCACUCACUAGGUGGGGGCACGGGCUCUGGAAUGGGCACCUUGCUCAUCAGCAAGAUCCGUGAAGAGUAUCCCGACCGCAUCAUGAACACCUUCAGUGUGGUGCCCUCACCCAAAGUGUCCGACACUGUGGUCGAGCCCUAUAACGCCACCCUCUCCGUCCAUCAGCUGGUGGAGAACACUGAUGAGACCUACUGCAUUGACAACGAGGCCCUGUACGACAUCUGCUUCCGCACCCUCAAGCUGACCACCCCAACCUACGGGGACCUGAACCACCUCGUCUCAGCCACCAUGAGUGGUGUCACCACCUGCCUCCGCUUCCCUGGCCAGCUCAAUGCUGACCUCCGCAAGCUGGCAGUCAACAUGGUGCCUUUCCCACGUCUCCACUUUUUCAUGCCUGGCUUUGCCCCUCUAACCAGCCGUGGAAGCCAGCAGUAUCGGGCCCUCACUGUGCCUGAGCUCACCCAGCAGGUCUUCGAUGCCAAGAACAUGAUGGCUGCCUGUGACCCCCGCCAUGGCCGGUACCUCACCGUGGCCGCUGUCUUCCGUGGGCGAAUGUCCAUGAAGGAGGUGGAUGAGCAGAUGCUCAACGUGCAGAACAAGAACAGCAGCUACUUCGUGGAAUGGAUCCCCAACAACGUCAAGACGGCCGUCUGUGACAUCCCACCCCGUGGUCUCAAGAUGGCAGUCACCUUCAUUGGCAACAGCACAGCCAUCCAGGAGCUGUUCAAGCGCAUCUCAGAGCAGUUCACUGCCAUGUUCCGCCGGAAGGCCUUCCUCCACUGGUACACAGGUGAAGGCAUGGACGAGAUGGAGUUCACCGAGGCUGAGAGCAACAUGAACGACCUCGUCUCUGAAUACCAGCAGUACCAGGAUGCCACCGCAGAAGAGGAGGAGGAUUUCGGUGAGGAGGCUGAAGAGGAGGCCUAAGGCCGAGUCCCCAUCACCUCAGGCUUCUCAGUCCCCUCAGCCUUCUUCGUCAACUGCCCCUUUCUUCUCCCUCAGAAUUUGCGUUUUCUGCCUCUAUCUUGUUUUUCUCUUGGGUGGGGGGGGGGAGGGUCCUAGAACAGUGCCUGGCACAUAAUAGGCGCUCAAUAAAUAUUUGUUGUUUGUUGAA